AUGGAAGAAGAGAAUAAUACCUUGCAUUUAAAUACAACUCCAAAUGCUGUAGCUUAUAGGCAGCCUAAGCAAGCCUCCACUGACGUAUGGUUUUGGGUCAUGUUUGGUGCCAUUGGUGUGGUAGCUCUGAUUGGAAACUCAGUAGUAACGUUCUUGAUUGCAACCCGCCGAAGGCUUCAAACAGCUUGCAAUAGCUUCAUCUUUUCCCUUUCAUUAUCUGACCUUUUAACCGCCGCUACAAUCAUACCAGUGUCAUUUAUUUGUAAGUUUGGUACUAGCUGCCACCAUCCGGUUCUAUGGAGUUUCUUCGAUUACAUUAUCUGUGCUUCCGUGUUGAAUGUAUGUACGUUAACUGCUGAUCGAUACUGUCGUGUUGUCUACCCUUUGCGAUAUCCCGUGGUGAUGAGCUCGAGACGAAUCGCUGUACUCAUUGCUCUGGGAUGGACACUGCCAUUUUUCCUCCAGUUCAUUCCUUCGCUUUGUGUUUCUUUGAACCCAGCACUUGAUAAGAGAAUCUUUAAUGUAAUACAGAUGUUUGUCUUUGCCAUUCUACCUUCUGUUGGGCUGUUGCUUGCCUUUGCGAAGAUCACACGUAUUACUCUUAAGCACUCACAUCAUCAAAGAGUUCAGGUGACGCAGAUACAAAGAAACUCUAUUGCGCCACAACAAAGCUUUAAAAUACGCCGGAAGUCAUUUUCUGUUCUUGUCCUUGGGGUUGUUAUUUUUUUCUUUGUUUUCUGCUGGUCGUUUACCAUUUACAGGGGCAUCUGCGACAGCUUCUCCCUUUGCAAAGUACAGAAGUCAGUCGUCUUAGCGUCAAGACUACUUAUAGUUGGCAAUACCGCAGCAGAUCCCAUCGUUUACGCUUUUCUCAAGCAAGAUAUAAGAAGGGAACUUUUCCGCACAUUUCGAUCACUUACCAGAGGGAAGUUUCGCUUGCAAGAUAUGAGCUUGACAGAAACCCGCACAGCUGUGGGUCCAUCAAACUGAUUAUUUAUCAUAAAGUGAUACCCAAUCUGAAUAUCAGGACACUACGCUCCUUUUGAUAAAGGUAUUUUUUCUUAGUUCUUUCACAAGAUAGACGUCUUGAAGCCAUUAGAGGGUAUACAGCCAUUGAUGUUAUCGCACAAGCUAAUAAAAGGGAUUUAAACUGCUUUUUUGGGAGCAAUUUUUUCCAUUGCAUGGACGAAUAGGAACUCUUUGCCUUUGUUAAAUAGUUAUUUAUGCGCUAGAUAUAUACAUUUAGUUUUGCUUUAUAAUCAUUCAGGUUCAGGGUAAAAGUAUUGUUAUUAUUCUGAAUCAAAGGCAAAUAUAUGAAAAGUCAAUGAAUCCUUAUCUGUGACUGUUUCAUUCAAAUAGAAGGGUGAGUGUAUGGUUUUCUUUUUUUCCGUUCAAGUGUAAAUAUUGACUUGUGGUAAUUUUCAUUCCGUGAAAAAGUCGGCCCAUCCUACCGAAUAUUUGCAUUGCGCAAUUGACUGCCGUUUAAAAUGGCACUUUUUAUUGUUCGCUGUUGAAGGCGGUAUUUUAUUUUCUAAAUGAAUGAGUGAAUAUUUUGAUAAAAAACAAUAAGUUUGGGAAGUUUUCGGAGUUUUCAAACAAAUUCACUUUUCCGUCCACUAAAGGGCUUUCUUAUUCAAGCCAAAACGGGUUUGAAUUGAACGCAUUAUCUAAAAAAGCUAUAUUGUUAGUUUUUUAGUAGUAACAAGAGACGAUAAUUAAUAAAGAACAAACAACGCUACGGAGUUUAAUUCUUCAAUGCAAGAGGAAGAAUUUACAUUUGUUACUCCAUUUUAAAUAAGAACGGAUCAACUGAUGCUAAGAAUUCGAUGAAUAAAUUAAACACCUCCUAAUAUUUUGAGGACGUCUGCCAUCUAUUCCUAAAGUUACGUGCAAACGGACGCAGAAACUCCCAACAUUGUUGGGCACGAAUUGUGGUAGCUGUUAUGUCCGUGUUGGCAGUGGUGUGCAAACGGAUGCAACAACUCCCAACAAUGUUGGGAUUGACAGUGCAUCGUGAGAAGGAUACAACCCUUAAGAAUUUGGAGACCAUGUGUAAUGCACGUGCGUGGCCCCAACAAUGUUGGAAGAGCUGUGAAAACGUUGUUGCGCUAUACGUCGGUGAUCACGAAACAAAAGAAAUGUUGGGAGUUGUUGGCUCAAAAGUUUGACCGGUUUCAAACUUUGCGCAACACGCAACAACAUGCAACAACAUGCAACAUGGUGUGCGACGCAACAUGUAACACCCAAGAAUGUUGGGAGUCACUAGACAACAAUGUUGCGUCUGUUUGCACGGAGCUGAAGUAUUCAUUGAAAGAUUUCUCUUUUUCUGGUUGUUUUAAAUCCCUCGGCUAAUUAUAAACAAUCAGCUCCCGUAGACCAAAUUUGAAACAUGUUUGCGGAUAUCCUUAAAGUUAAAUCCCUUUUGUGGUUUAUUGUCCAGAAACAACAGACUCAGCUGAAGGCGUGGCACAAGGUUAGCAAAAAUACCCCUAGACGGAUUAUUAAGCAAAUCUGCUAUUAGUUAAAGAAUAUCUGUCAAUGAAAGUAACCAUUGAUUGAGGUAAGCAUAGUCAGAGUGAAGUUGGAAACACCUGAUUUUUAAUGAAUGUAUAAAACUCCGCAAUUAUAUUCGGCUUUCGUAUGAAAUAAGGAUAUCCAGUCUCGGUGGUUAAAGCACUCCAUGGUCUGUAUAAUUCUUCAUAUCAUACUUAGCCCCAUUCAAUAAUUUAUUAUAAUUAAUUAUUAUCGCUCUCUGUACCUUACAUUAAGGACGGGGAAAACGAGGCUAAGUAAGGUUUAUCAUAAUUUUUCAUGGCAGUUCUUGUUGUUAAAAUUGCUUUCUGAUGAAGUAAAGGUAAAAGUGUUUAUUUUUUAAGAAAAGGUCCUCUUUCGAAAAGCUGCCAAUACAAAAAGAACGGAUGCGGAAACUAUAGUCUACGUCUCAGAGUAAAAAUGAUCUGUAUUAGUACCCAUGGUAAUAUCUGUGAAGCAGUACCUCAGGGGAGCAGAUUGCCGAGAACCAUUUUCUGAGUGCUCAACGGAUUUAGCGAAUCAUCGGAAAUGCGUUUCGAAUUUUGCUUUAACCUGAUUGGCAAAUUGAAAAUGCCACUAUCUUAACAGGCCAAUCAAGGGACGUACUGAAAUCGUGGUACACAGGUGUGGGCCCAGAACAAGAAUAGGUGCUUGUUCGCAGACGGAAGUUUAGUUUCGUCUGUGGCGCAGGCUGUGAAAGUACUGAUGGAUCUUGACAUUAUCAUUGCCCGCGCUGUUAUGGCUUUUUUCUUUUUCUAUAGCAAAAAGGGAGCCGCGGCAGUUUGGGCUACUCAUGAUUUCAAAAACGCAAAUUAGAAUUGUUUUCCAAGUAGCCAUGAAAAAUAAGCUCAAAAUAAUACAUUGUUUGUACUGUGGUAGUGACGUAGGCGCAGGUGAAUAAAGGAACGGGAGAUAUGAUAUAUUCUUUUUCUGGAGGCAUCUUGUUUGCGUUGUCAUAGCUCAGGCAGUUAAUGACUAGAAAGAGUUCAAAUGCACACUCGUAAACUGACUGAAAGAGGGAGGCAAUGAAUAUAGAGACUCAGACACGCUGUAAAUCGCAGUGAACCUAGAUGAAAAGCUGAGACGUUGAAAUAAGUUAAUGGAAAUUACUUUACCAUAAAAUAAUUUAAUAUUGCGUUAAAAAUGACAAGUAUGUGCAACGGUUAAUUUAAGAUAGUUGCAUAAAAAAAGGACGGAAAAUAAAAACAGAUCAGAACCGAGAACACAUGGAUCGAACAAUAAUUUCCCACUGUCUUGGCAAUAUUAAUGCUUGAAUGUUAAACCUCCACUUAUGGCAAUUCACUAUCUUUAUAACCAUUAUGUCAAAAAUCAAAGCCAAGGAUGGUAAAAGUUUUUGUCUUGAAUUUUUUUAAUCUUCUGAGAAUUUGCAUAGUGUCAGUUUUCUUGUUUAUCGUUUUCUUUCAAAAUUUUAACUUAUAAAAUUUUGAAAGAGUAAGAGUAAGAAUAGAACUAACUUCAUUCUUCACGCGAGUUUUAUGAAAGGAUAGUUAUAUACAGUGGAGUCUCGCUAUAACGAAUCUCUACUAAUAUAACAAAGUCCUCAGUAUAACGAACGAUUUUCUUUAACCCAGUAAUAGUGAAACAUAUGGAAAAAACCUCGAUAUAAGGAAACCUCGUUAUAGCAAACAAUUUAUCUUGCCACUCCUAACUGAAUUGUAUGGCCCUUCAUUAAUAUAUCGAGGUUCCACUGUAGAUAUUCAGUAUUCCCAAUUUUUUUGUUUCCUUUAAACGUUACUUUGCUCUGGUUUUCAGUAGAGUUCUUUUCAUGAUAAUCCAAGAGACAGCAGGCAACAAAUUAAUCAAAAUACUGGUUUCCAAGGAGAAAUGUGAAGUUUCUUGUCUCCCUUUUAACAAUAUCUUAAAAUAAUCCUAGGUAUUUUCGAUUCUCACUAACUUGAAGUAACCAGCUAUAACAUUGAUUCCCUGAUGGUUUAAUUUAAUCACCCUCAGGUCAUUGGUCAAAUCGCAAGGAUACAAAGUCGGGCCGCAUAUUUUAUUUUCCUUUGGUAAUUGCUUGCAAAAUCACUAACAUCACUAGUAUAGAAAUAUUCUUUCUUCCAAGACAGGCAAUAUACUAGACAUAAAAAUAAUUGAUUUUAUUAUGAUUGUGGUUUUAAUUUCUGCAUGGCUUAUUUGUUUAACUUAUUUGUUUCAAUUGAGACUGUUUACAAAUUAAAAAUUUAAUCACUGGACAAAAGACAGCACUGUCUCCUCGCCUGUCGAAUCACAGAGUCAAUAUAAAUAAUUUUUAUACUUUCAUAACCUGAAAGAGCCUUUAAAGGAGCCACAACUUUAAAUUCGAUUUCAAAAAAAAGUUAGCUUAAAACAGUUUGAAAGUAUCGUAAUUAAAAAGGCUUUGACAAAGGUUUAAAACUGAAUUCCUGGUUGAUGAAGAAAACUAAACUAUUAAAGUACCUUAAAUUCAUGGGUAAGAAAACUACACAAAAAACACUUAGAAUUAUGUAUUGAAAAUUAUCUAAAAAUUGUGUUGUCCAUGUAGUUAUCUCUAUUGCACUAUAUAUAACGAUUAUAAAGGUAGUAUUAGCUGCGGUAGCACUAUCUAUCUCACCCUUGGUAAAAUGAGUAUCGCCCGAGAGUAAGCAACUUUAUCAUCCCUGAGAGAAUUUUUUGGAAAAAAAAGGACGAAAACAUUUUCCAGAACGGGUUAUCAAGUUUGAAAAGAGGGUCUCCCCAGCUUCAAGCUAGAAGGUUUCUUGCAUAAACAACGAACAGACAUAACAUCGUUGGAUGUUAAAUGUUGCGUCCGUUUGCUCACACUCUGUUGCAUGUUAUUGUUGCAUGUUUUUGCGUGUUGUAGGGAGUUGUUGCGUUCAUUUGCACGUAGCUUAACGGGGAUGUUCCUCGUCAAUCCCGCUAAAUGGGUUGGGUUCUUUUUCGGAAUUCAUGACGUUAAUCCAAUAUUUUUAACCUAGAAGGUAUCCCUUCGGGUAAUUCGCCACGAGAUGCCUAUUUCAAACUAAAUUAAAGAUUAACAAACGCCAUCAUACUGUUUUGGAAUAAUUAUGUCAUAUCUUCUUUAGGGGUCGAAUAAUUAUAAAAUUUGGUCAUUUAGCAUGUCAGGAAACGUACUAUAAGUCCCUCCAAAUUUAGGCCAAUCAGAAACGGAGAAUGAAUGGAGAGAUAAAGCUAGUUACCGGCUUUAACUGACACCCAUCAGAAAGUGGAAGGUUUGGAAGAGACAAUGAAAUAUUUGUACCAAGACUCCAAAAAAAGACGCAGAAAAUUAAAAUAUUAAACUUUUGUUUUAUUUUGACGUCUCGGCUCCUUGUCUGGCUAUGCUUACAAAGUACCCUUGUUACAGAGAUCACUGUUACAACAUUCAUAAACGCAGUUCUUCUUUUUUAGGCAGAAUUUAGCGCAUAUGUCCGCCUCGCUACAAGUUCUUCGGAAGUAGUACUUUGUCAUUCCUUCAGGCUUUUCUUUCAUCGUCACACACAGCCAGCCAGGCUUGCAGAACUUCCUCGUUUCCGUCGGGCAGUCUUUCCAACCGGAAUUCGAUUCGCAUUCAUAGCAAGUCAGGGAUUCGCCUGUUAAAACAUCGAGAAAAGUAAAUUGCACAUGAUAUUGUUACCUAAAGAGAUGUUACUUACCCAAUUCAAUCAAAUAUCCUUUUCUAAUUAAUACACAGCUAAUUAGUCUAAACAAAAUAAUGGACUGGUACGUUUCUCCCUGAUGUCAUGAUGUCGAAAUAAAAGUAUAGACCCUGCCACCGUUUUUUCAACUUUGACUGGACCAGAUAACGAAAAUCUGUCAAUAGACCUUUUCAUGAUCACGGUUUUCGACGCCAUGUUGACGAGUAGGCAAAUGCGUAAGAAUACAGUGUUUGUAUGAGAAUCUAAUGUGAAAUAAUUUCCGUAAAACGCGCGGCUGUUUUGCAAAAAAAAAAAAAAAGAAUUGUAAACUUUAAAGCUACAAAGCAAAGGAUUUUUCUAACAAAUUUUGGGGGCCGUUACUGUGCUUAAAUUUCUUCAGAUGCUUGCUUAAGAUUUUCCAUAUAUUUGUCUGCAAGUUUUCCCGGGAAAUUUUUACAGACAAAUGUAUAGAAAAUUUUAAAAAGUGAUUCUAGGUCUUCCCCAACCAUUUUUUAAGGGAAAAGCCCUGGGGACGAGGUUGAGCGCAUGUAACGCCCUCAAAUUGUUUUAUUAUAGGAUCCUUAAGACUGAAGCUUUAGUUUACAAUUCAUAUAUUUUUUCCCUAUAGCCGUUUUAUGGAAAUUAUUUGACAUUAGAUUCUCAUACAGACACUGUAAUUUCUCACGCGUUUGCCUACUCGUCAAGAUGGCAUUGAAAACCGCAACAAGGUCUAUACAGCCUGAAUGAACGCCUUAAAAUCAGUAGUGUGGCCAAGUUUGAAAGUUGAUAAAAACUAACGAAAAUAUAGCUCCGCAAAGUCGUGGAAUUUUACAGAAGUUUGUAUUAUAUGGUGAUCUGACGGCAAGUAAUUUGGUGCCCACCUGCAUACAAACGUCUCUAAAAUUUCUCUACUUUGUGGAAGAGUAAUGUCUAAUUUACUCCCUUUAAUUUGGACGUCGCGUGUUACCUUUCGACUUGAUAUGUUACCUUUCUUUAAUGUUCUCUUUGUAGCCGUUUUUGCAAUGGACAUUCGCUUGCUACUUUUUAUCAUAAAGUUCAAAGAAGAAGAAGAAAAAGAACAAGAAGAACAAGAAGAACAAGAACAAGAACAAGAACAAGAAGGAGAAGAAUAAGAAGGGGGUCAAGUGGUCCUAUCCACAUCAAAAGUUGCUUUCUUCGAACUAUACACUCAAAUCCGUUUAACUUAGACGGUGAUUAAAGUUUAUAUUUUUAUUUUUAUGUAUAUUUUUUCAUUUUCGGACUACUACUCUUGACAGUCAAAAGCGACGAAGAAUUAAACAAAAUAAACAUCAAAGUAAACCAAUCGAGAGCUCUUGGCGUGUGACCAGCCCGCUAAGCAAACCAUUACACGCAUAUCAGGAGUUAUCCAAUGCCAGUCCCCCAAGCGAAUGAAAAUACAAGUUUUUAAACCAGGUUCGCUCCAAUUCUUUGCUUUUACUUUUGCGUGAUUGAGAAAAAAGUCUAAUCCAGUCACUCUAGGGUUUUUUAUGCAUGUAAAAGGAAACACCGUUACUCACUCACGAGCUAUAAUUCAAACUCGUCAAGAAAACGACUUAGCGUGAUCUUGACUGACAACAUUUGCUGCAUGGCCUUGGGAUGGGUGGGUGUAGGGACAUAUUAGAACGCCUGGUAAACUUUUCAUCCAAACAGUAUUGGAUGGUCCUCAAACUACCUGAUUUAUAUUAGACUUCUCUAACCAACAUAACAGUCAACUGAAUUUCCCCAUUGGGGUUAAGCUUUCUGAGGCUAAAAUUUACUUGUUUCAAUUAUUCUUUCCUCCAAAAGAUUACUUAGCAAUCAUUAUUUUAAUCAGUCCUCGUGCUUUUCAGUCAAAUGAUAAUCUAUAAAAACUAAUUAUUGUUAUCUUUCUUUUCUUUUUCUUUAAUUUUGGUCAAGUUCACUAUUUUCGGCACAGGAGGCCUUCUGAUUAUCAUCGAAAAAAAGGGAAUCAGUCAAUUGGAUAAACAGUGAUGGAGCAAGAAACUCGGAUUCAGUCGAGUAAAUGGAAUCGAUUAAUGCUAAACUGACCAGAGACAUCUGAAAAUACGUUAGUUUGCUCAAACGGAAAAUAUUCCUGCGUUAACGGAUGAUGUGGCUCCGCAAAUGAAGCCCCUUGGGAAUAAGAUUUGCUUUAAUUGCCUCCCUUUACAGAAGCGAAUGAAAAUUGUCGCGCUCUUCUUGUUUAAUACUAUAAUAAUGAGGUAUCUAUGGAGUGACUUCUUCACUUAAAUUCAAAACAUAGAUAAGAGAAGCAAAACAGUAUAAAUACAUCCUAUAUAUAAAACGGUAUAACUGAAAAUGGUGUCUUACCACGCCAAAGGAGUAGAAAAAUUGAAAGCACAACAAGAACGAUUCUCAUUUUACCACGUUCACCGAUCGUUUUCUCUCUGUUCCAGUGACUCGACCAGGGAAAGCGGUGUUAUUGCUAACACCUCACAUUUUAAUCUAAUAUAAUUCUCAACACAUUAGAUUGCGCAAAUAUGUUUUUUAAAUGACAUUUCUUAGAUUAAGAAAAGUUGAUACUAUUACCUUAUUGGCUCGUUGUCCAAUAAAAGUUGUUUGACUGUGCAUCUAUUGUUAACAGAUGAUAUUUGACUUAAUUAAGUUAAAUGUACACGUUCUCUUCCAUCUAAUAAAACUCGAUCAGCUGCACAAAUAAAUAAAUACUAAGAUCUCUGGAAUGGAAUCCAGUGCAAGCUCAUCUAUCUAUUUGAGGAACCCAAUCAUCUCUAAUUCGCAUGUUUACUGAACUGAUUCGGUUUAUUUAUUCAUCUUUUGUUUUCCCUUUCCUCUAUAUAAGAUAUAAAAAUACAUGAUUGCUGUGCAGAUUAUUAUUUGAUCCCUGCUUAAGCAAAAGAUACAUGAAUCAGUAUUUUAAGUGCGACGAGGGGUAAGUUUCAAGACAACAUAGACCAGACGAAGUGUUCUUCAUUUUCCUUGUAACAGACCUUCCUACCCCUAAACCAUGUUAAUCUAGAGUGUUUGAAAAAAACAAAUAUGUAUGUCAAAUUAAACCAAAAAGGCAGAUUAUUUCUUGCAUGGUAUUCUUUAUCCUAUUAGUGGCCUCUGUUGUACUGUCCUGUAGGUCUUUUGGCAGUGAUGAGAAGAUUCUAUUUCCCCAACCAGGUCGAUAGCACGGCGAGUAGCCAAAUGAGAAUGCUAUGUAAGGCCUUUCCCAACGACCUUAGCGAACCUAUGUGGGAAUGAGGUUGGAAUUGGACUCAGGUUCUACCCUCCCCCUCCCCAAAAAAACAAAACAAAACAAAAACGAAAAAACAAAAAAACCUUGCAUUGAAACAAUUCGUCUUUAUAUAAAAAGAAGGUUUUUCAAAUACGCGAUUUCUACUGGAAUCGUCUGGUAUGAUUUCAAGCUUGAUUUUCUAAUUCACCGUGAGAUUUGGAGGCUAAAUCGUGAGACCGUGAGAUGACGUCCCAAACCGUGAAACUGUUGGUCUUCAAAUAGUCAGAUUCAUAAAUUUUUCAUGUCUUUAAGUUUACAGCGUUUUCUUUUCCCAGCCACUAGGGCAAGAAAUCUAAUGUCCAUAAGGUCAGCGGUCGAGUGAUUCAAGACCAUGCGCAUUUAGAGACUAGAUAGAAGGUGGUGAUUGUGACCUAUGAUGUUUUUGAUUUGACCAUGAAGUGUUUAGUUUCAUACAGAUGUAGUCUCUGUUGUGAACACUACUGAUUGUACCGCCCCAAAAUUCAUCAUAUUGGUAAUUUUGUAAACUAUAAAACAGAGAACGCAAGGCCUCAUGGGCAAAAGAAUACAUUGAAAUAACCGAAACAAGAGGCUUGACGCCUUUUGUUUCCACGACCACAGGGUGGGGACGUCACAUGGGGUCUAGUUUUCCUUUUCACGGUGCAGUCGACAACGCAAUAACACGUGUCUCGAAAAGGGUGACUCCAAGGGUCACUUUGCUGUAGGACAAAAGAGACUUAUGCAAAAUGACGUUUUAACAAGAGGGUCCCAAUGGGGUGGUGGCUUUUACGGUUAUGAGCUAAAAUUUUGGCUCUUUUACGGCCAUCGGUUAAUUUUUUUCAGUUACGGUUAACGAAAGGUUAAAAAUUAUUUUCUUUUGUUUCAAAACGUUAAAUAUUAAUUAACCCGUAUUUUUUUGUAUCUUUAAAUCAAAAUAAAGGUCUUCGAUCGGAUCAUCUCGGGAUGAAAUAAGCUAUUCUUUUGAAAAAUUUUAACAUUUUAUAUAUCAAAAGGUUGAAUACUUUUUAUAAAGUAUUCCACUUCUAAUACAUUAUUUUACACAUAGAAAUGUCAAUAGUCAAUUUAAAAAAUAAUCUUCGUAAAAAAGCAAAAGCAGACACGCAAACGCCCAACUCAAGGCCGGGGCGCGACAUUCAUUAUAACAGAAAUGGCCGUUUUCACACUAGAGAAGGAUUAUUCGCGUGAGGCGGGUUAUCCGUUUGUUGAUUCGCGUCAGAUAGGUAAUACGCCGUAAUCUGAAAAUGGAAUAGUUUUAAUUUUGAAUGAAGAAUCCGCCUGACUUUUGAAGACGGGAUUAUCCGCUCCAGAUAGCCUGUGUACAGCCGCUCACUCCUCCGCAGAAAAAUCGGAGAAGGGGUGUCUGUGGGGAGGGCGCGACUGUACACAGGCUAGUCUCAGACGGAUGAUCAAUUUCUAGCUCUAGUGUGUGCCUAGGUCUUGGUUAACACCUAAAAGGCGCUUUGCCUAACGUGCGUACGGAGUCACACUAGCCGGGAAGUAAAAAACGCAACCAUAUUAAGUAAGUUUAGCACCUUCCUUAAAAGUAGCAAAUCUAGGUAACAAUUUCUUUAACGGUUAACUCUUUUUCACCCUAUUUACGGCUAACGGUUAAAAUUUUUCCAUUUUUACGGCUAUCGACUAAAUUUUUGCCCGUUUUACGCCUAUCGGUUAGCCCCAUUGAGACCCUCUAACAAUACAACAUCAUCAACAACAACAAAAACCUUUAUUGACCCCUUAUACAUAAGGAGAAUUCAAUUUACAUGAAAUAAAAUUAAAACUAAAAGGGGUGUUGGCUUCCUAAAAGAACUAAAGAGUUAACAAGUCUAGGAAGCCAAAUUACAUAGAAUAAAUUGUAUAUUAGGGUUGGAAUAACACAAAAACACAACACAAACGAUGAAAUCAGCCAUCUUCACUCGCCAUCCGCUGACCGCUGCUGAGGAUCCGGAUCGGACGGAUAAAUACGUGAGCUUUUACACUUUUAUCCUUUUUAACUCUGUACUUUUUGUACUAAAAAAAAAGAACAGCUGAUUAAAUGAUGGAAAUUGAUUAGCCACAAGUCGGUUCGGAUGGCAACUAACUGGAAAAAACAAAAACAAAACAAAACAAAAAACAAAAUGAUCUGUUCGAGGCACUCAGUACCUUCAGCUCGGGCGCUUCGCGCCGACUUCUUUUGGCAGAUUUAUCUUGAAAUGAAAAUUUUUAUCAGCUUAUUGUAUCUGCUCUCAGUAAAAUAGUCAUAAAAUAUCAGAACGCUAGCGUGCGUGACAAUGUUUACAAUGCUCAUGUAGGAUUUCGUGAGUGGGAGUAGCAUGAAUUAUUCAGUGUCACAUGCAUUUGAUCUGAAAGGAAUCGGUGAGCACGGAAUUACGUUUCACGAACCUUGAGGCCUCAGGUAUUUUUUCCUUUUCUUUUUUAGCAUGGCAGUGUGUAGUGUAAACCCGUUUGAUACACUCAUUGAACUUGCCUACUUUGAAGCAUAACACGUCAAGCUAAACAUAUUUUUAUUACAACAGCAAAUCAAAUCAACAAACACUGACGAAGGACAAGUCGCUUUGUUGUGUUUUUCUCUUCGGAAAUCCGAAAUUGGCCAUAUUUGUUUACGAUUUUCGGCUAUAUAUCCCAAAACCAAUUAUGCUCCUUCGAAUGCACUAGCAGGGAUUACAUCUAAGAUCUGAAACUUACGAUAAAAUAUGAUCUUCGAUCGGCAAUUUGCAUAUAUCGGUCUUCACGCUCGAAUACCUUCCUUCUCUGACGGUCUGAGAGGUUACAAUUACAAGGAAUAGUCGUGUGAGAUUGCUAAAUGUUCUUCAGUAGCAUGACCGAAGUAUAUCUUCUAGGACAUGUACUCAGUACAGUAAAAAUUUGGUUUAAAUGCUUUGUCAUUUCAGUCGAUUCCAUGCUCAGUAUGGUGUUUUUAGAGCAUAUGGUUUUCAAUUUCAUGUGAUAAUCGUCCGGGUCGCCUCGUUAUUAUACGCCUAAUUCAAUAAGGGACGCGAUUAGUGCCGGCAGCGAUCGUAAUCUGGCUAAAUCAUGGACAGAACCUCGGAGGUCUUCCUCUAUUAAAUCGUCCGCAUCGACUUGACUGACUUGAUCGUUCCAUUUGUCCAAAAAAUAACAAAAAUAACCAAAUAAAUAAACGAACGAACGAACGAACGGAUGAAUGAAUAAGACGAGUAAGCGUUCGACCGAGUCGAACGUGUCUUGACAAACUGCGAGCCAGCACGCGAGGCAUCGGUAAAAAAACAGGAAACACAAGUAAAAACUGCAAAUUUACAGAUGAGGAGUUAAGCGCUCAUUAUACUGAUUAGGGUGAAGCACUCAUUGUGCUGAUUAGUUAAUGUUUUCCGUAUUACUGUUUUCGAUUUUUAUGGUGUUUUUUUUUUCAAUGAUUCUUCAAUGGACUUGCUGGCUCGCAUUUUAUACACACUCGAGUCGAACUGCUGUACGAUUGUAUGGAGACCAGGCUCUCGGUUUAAAACGGAAUCCGAAAAUUUUUAUGCAGUGCUUUUGCUUCCUUGGAAACUUUUGUUUUCCACCCAUUUUAAGCCCGGUAGCCAAUCUACUGCUUUCUCUUGCAGCCUUUGUUUACGCAUAAUGCACAUAAAUAUUUAGACGAAAUUUGAAAGAUGGUGUAUGAACGAACUGCGACUAUGGGAAAAUAAAACAUACAAACGUAAGAGGUCUAUAACGAAGGAGUCUGUAAAAUGACUUAUAUUUUAAAUACCAAGAUAGCAUUUUAUAUCAACCAGAGGAGUUGAGGUGCGGGCGUCGCAGCACUGGUGAGUAAUAAGGGGCCCUAAAAUGGGCGCUGCUUGGUUUAGUUUUGUCCGGAUUUAAUCUUAUUUUCCCUUGUUUAAAACUCCUUUUCAUAUACCAGAUACAAGAAUACCAAAAAACUAAAGGAAAAGAGAACGAGGACAAAACUGCACACCAUAAACGUUUGAUGCCGCACUGCAUCAAAGGCCUGAAACAUGAAUACGCUUCAAGUCAGUCAACAUAUAUUUCCUUUACUUUACUGCCUUAACAUUCAGUUAAUUGCAGACUCUACAAUGACCGUCCUUUUUUAUCUUUCUUCUCCGCGUGACAGAGAGAAAAACAGGAGCGUCAUGACUUUUGUUGUUAAAUUUUCUUGAAUGAAAUCAAUUACUGAACCUCUUUGUUCUUUGUAUAAGCUUACAGUAUUUAAUCGAAUAAACGCCCCGGUGCUUUUUCACGCCUCAAAUGCGGUCGAAAGUUGGACGCGGCAAACAAUUAUUGUUUUAACUACGGUGUUAUCAUCUUCCGUAUUAAACUAACAGAAUUAACGUCUUCUAAUCUUGAUUAUAUCACCGCGGCGCUUAUUCGGGGAGGGGCGCUUGUUCGCGUAAAUAUGCCUUGGUUUCCUAGUGUAAGUCAUGCGAGUUUACUCUUGAAAGCUGUUUAAAUUUCUCUUGAAAGCUGUUAAUUUUAAAAGACGUCUUAUUUUGAAAACAACACAUGCCUACAUACGGACUGCAUAAUGGUUAUGAAACAAGACGAAUGUUUUUGGGAAAAUCAACGUUCAAAAGAAUUCCUAUCAUUUUGAUUGUAUUGACCAAUAAAAACGUUGCAUUAAUUUAUUCCGUAACAAUUUGAAACACAACGGUGCUUUGAACAUAAACUGCAUGUUGUUUUUAACAAACCAUACCUUAAGCUGAGCUAAGUAAGUAAAAAGACCCAACCUCGUUCCCAGGGUUCUCCCGUUUGCCUCGAGAAGUACCCUGCUUACCACCGCUGUUCAUGUGGCUCCCAAAAGCUGGGAGCCAACAAGAACUGAUUUAAUCAUGAGACGGGAGAGUAGUAUUGUGACCAUUGAAAUGUAGUUUUCGAUUUCGACUUCGUCGCUGUGAUUUCAAUGAUACAUGUCAAUAGAUCACAAUGACCAAACUUGGAAACGUUGGCCGAGUCAGUCCAAAUUGGCGCUAAUUGUACUGAUAAUUGAUUGGCGUGGUAGCUCAGCUGUUUAGUACAGCUCUAGAAAAUGGCGGAUUACUUCACACGUUUUGUGAAGAAGAAAUAGCCGACCUUAACUGAAAAGUUUUAAAGAGGAUCACCUAUGAAACAAAAAAACAAUAACAUGCAUUGUUUACGGCUUUAGAAGUUGUUAGUUUGCAAUGGAUUCUACGAUAUUUUCAAGCUCUUUAAAGCAAAUUAAAUAAACUAAAUAACAAUUAAUCCUCUCAUUAUCAGAGUAAAUAUUAGUCUUUCCACGGGACUGAAAGAAUGUUUAACGGACUUUUAUUGUUACUUUUUUUUCAGUGACACACGAAAGAAAUGCAGUUAAGGGCAAGGCUUGCCCAGAGUGAAUAUCGUAACUGGGUAGAAGUGGGACAGGCGUUGCUAAUUCUUUCAGAGCCAGUACAGGUUCAUGCGUCAGUAGUGUUCAAGGCCUUUUAUGAUGUUUUGACCGUUAAGGUAGGCCCUAGAACAAAGUGUCACUGUACGCAUGCGCCUGAAAUGCAUCAUACGCCCAGCUGUAGGUGGGCGCAAGCCAUUAUAAGCUACCAUCGUGAGCCAUCGAAGAUAAAAUGGCUGGUCUCCAAUAGCUCUAAGUGGCAUGACCCUGUUUCAGGACCAUCGGAAAUCGCUUCUGUUUUUGCUGGCGGGCCACUUGGAGAUGGGCUACGAAAUUUGCAGGCACUUCGAUUCUGUUCUUACUUCAGUAUAUCAGAAAAGACCCUUGGCGACGUUAUCGAUGUUUGGAGGAAGCUUUGGGCAAACGCGCAAAAUCAGAAAAUUAUCCACCAAGAUAAACGUCGGGCAUUUGAUGCAGUUACAAAACUUCUCCUCGAAUUUCCUUUCAAAACUGACGCUGACAGUGAAAGGACCUUAAAAGAAAUUGAAUCCAUAGAAUAUUGGGAUUUACCGGUUCUUCAGACAGCCGAGAUGAAAGUUGCUCGCAAUUACCGAAAAAUGCUAGAAGUCAAAAGACGUAAAAAGGCAAAAGAUAUAAUGGACUUGGACGCUAGACUUGAUAAUGUGGAAUCGUUUUUGUUUACCAUGAAGGAUGAUCACCAAAAGCACACAUCAGUACCCUUGCAUGAUUCCCUCCUUUGGUUCAUUAAUUUGUUUGCAUUUAAUGUUAAAACUCAACGACUAUUGUUACCUUUAUGUCUCUUCCUAAGUUUGUGCUUUCGUCAAAUUCUCAGAGUCAUUGUUAUUGUUGUUCUCAUGGUCUUAGUUGGUUCUGUGACAAUGCUGUUGUCAAUGGCAACCAGUGGAUUUGCUGUUAGGUGUACGGAGCCUUCUUGCCCCUGAACUGUAUUGGAGAAAAGAUAUCCUCAUGUUAAUCUAAGUCCAUCGUCUAGAAUUUUUAAAGGUUGACUUUGUAAGAUGAUGUCAUGGGUCAUGGGUGCAACACUACUACCAUUUGAGCAUGUCAUGUAUUUGAAGUACCUUGAUUAGGGAUUGAACUCCACUGACUGCCAGCUUGCGAGUUCCAUAAUUUCUCAGAAGUGCCUAAUAUUUGAGGUGCAUUUUAAAAGUGUAAUUAUAUACCGCAUUUGCUCGAAAGAGCGCCACACUUUAAAGCAAGCAAUCGCUGCCCCCGGAUUAGCCUGUUACAGGCUCCAAGAUCGUGUGGAAAACGAAUUUGCGUAGACGGAUUUGUAAGCAUUGUUUUCGAUACCUCAUUCCGCUAUAAUUGGUCAAUUGUGACAGUUACUUCUCAUUUGGCGUCGCGCGCACAGUCCAACACCGCACUUUUUGACGUUUUGACAUAUGACGUUUUGACACGAGAAACGAUUUUUCACCAAGUAGGUGGUAGUGGGCGGAUUGCGGUAUUUGAAAAGAUGCUUACAGGCUCUUCCCUUCUCCAUCUUUUCCCGUCGUUUUUCGCUCGUUCGCCAUUUCUCUGCCCGUUCGCUUUUUUCGCUCGUCUGCACUGACCGGGAGCCUGACCUAAUCGUAUCAAGAAAAGCGACCUGAAUUCGAGAACAAUAGGUAUUGUUCUGUGUUGUUAUUUUUGAUCGUUUCUUGCCUUGUAAGGACAAAACCGAUCAACGUGGCAAAAGCUCUCACGCGCGGGAAAUUUCAACACUUCCGAUAACCUCUUUCGGCGCGACCGAAGUAAGGAGCAAUUUCAACCCAGCGGGUGGGUAAGAGUUAAAGUAGUCAGGACGAAACAUACGACGUAGUAGUGGUAGUGUGAGGUAACUGCUGGACAGAGGAGUUUAAUUACCAGUUGCAUCCUUGUGUUCUAUUUCGGGCUUAGCCUAGUGGCAGUAACUUUUACGCAAAACUAGAUGCUCAUCUUGCUCGUUAAUAUUGCCGUAAGGAACUAAAAUAUCGGCUCGAAUAGAAGCGGCUGAGAACUUAUAAUUCAGUUUGUUUGAUCGCAUACGCUUUGGUUGUGAUUUUUUAUAUACUGGUUAUAUUCUGUUUCCGAGAUGGCAACAUUCAAAUUUCGCGCUAGAGAACUUUGAAUCUACAUGCAAAUGAAGUUUAUACUUUACAGUCGUUCGUUACGGAUUGACUUGUUAGAAUUAAAAUCACAUAUUAUUCAUGUAUUGAAAAGGGUCUGUUAACAAUAGAGGAAUAAAAUCAACCCGCGUCUUCUUAGUAAACAAAAGACUGAAAAAAUCGCACCUCCAUUUUACUGGCCCGCGAGAUUUAAAGCACAGCUCAAUGCCCUCACACUGAUAUUAUGUGGUGCUCUCUUUGAGUGAAUAUAUUAGACGUGAAUAUCGCCCGGUUAGCUCAGUUGGAUAAGCGCCGGUCUGCCGAGCGGGAGGCCGCUGGUUCAAAUCCCGGCCGGACCAACCCGGUGUGGUGGUCUAUUUCUCAUGGGGGGAGGGACUGUUACGGGCCCGCAGUAAUUGGCGUCAUGCUGUUGCGGUGACCCUGCCAAUAAUUGGCGAAUCUAAUAAAAUAAAAUAAAAAACGUGCUUGGUGCUGAACGUUUCUAAUAUGAACGCGCAGUAUACUUGUGCAACACUUCGGACAGGGUUAAUCGAAACAAAUCAAAGCAAAUUCUCCGUCGGCGAUAAAUACACUGAAGGGACAAGAACACAAAAGACUGAAAAAAUCGCACCUCUCUUUUACUGUGACGCGAAGUUAAAAAAGACAUGUACACUUUCGGUACUUAUAAAAUUUACUUCUCCGGUUUCAAGUAAAAAUUACACGCUUUUCUAACAGCCUAAAGAUGCGGGUGUAAUUAAUUGCUUAAAAUUCCGAGCAGAGUCAGCCGAAACUAACUGAUUUAUAAAAAGCGGAUUUCAAUUUGGCAAUGACUCAGGUAAAUAAACUAAAGAUUAAAAAAAAGAUGGCACCUCCUUUUUACUGACCCGCGAGGUUUAAAACACGGCUCAAUGCCCCCACACUUACUGAUAAAAUUUCUGUAAGUAAAAACCACACGCGCUUGUUGCUAACUUAUCGCACAUGCAAGUGCUGUUUAAUGCGCAACUGUUUGCUUUUAUUUGAAGUAAAAACCUGUUUUAUUCAAAGUGCGUUGUCGCUUUUUGAGAACGUAAUCUCGGCCGCUUGGAUAAUUGACUAAACUCUUUGCAGUAACGACAUAAAAGUAUCGGGAGAAGUCUACGCACGCGGCGGGUUGAUACAAAAAAUCUGAAAAGCAAUGAUGCAAAUAAAGGUCAAGUUUUCAGUUCACUGCCUCAAAGAAUAACAAGUUGUGGACGUCUUCACUGAAUAUGAAAAUGCUUCUUCUAGAAGACUUGCUCUCUAAAGCUCCUUUGACUAUUCCCGUCGGUACCCUAGUGAAAUUUCAUUCUUCACAGAUCAAUUAGUACUCCCCACCCCCCGUGGUACACAAGUUUGUCAAGCCGAAGGUUUCCGAUUAUUAAGACAAGUUUCGGGUCGGUCUUGGCUUUGAUUCGCGUGAAAGGUGUCACAAUUUUGGGAUGCCGAUAACAAAGCGUCGACAGCUCAGGUACUGGCUGAUACUAUGCCUCCAGCAGUUUUCGUCAUUUUCCCGCCAAAGAAAACCCAUAAAUAGCUAUAAAUGAAAAAAAAAGCAUCGUUUGUUUGUCCAAUUGGCAGCCCAGUUUCUUUUCUCCAAUUUGGGGAAUAAUACUUUUUAGCUAUCUUUCGUGAGCGGCGAAUACAUUAAACUGUUUGUGUCUGUUUCAGUAAACCAAUGAAAUUCUUCUAUUCUCGUUCGUUUGGUUUUGUUUGAUUUGCUCGCAGGUUCGUGUGUAAUCAAUUUCAAGUUCAAACGAAAAUACGCUCUGAAGCAGUUGAAGUUGCUAUAAAGGUACAUAUCUCAUGCUACAAUUUCUGGGAAAAAAAAGGAGUUAAAGAAAAUAGUUGAUUAAGGGGUUUUAAAAAUGGAGAAUACCCAAAUUUAAAGGAUAGAGUUUACAAACCUUAAUUUUUUUUCAAAGAUAGGUCUAUCUAUACAUAGGCGUACGGACCGGGGGGCGAGGGGGGCUGCAGCCCCCCCAAAGUUUGGGCAACUCAGAUUUUUUGGGCAGCACGAGAAAAUUUGGGCAAAGCCAGUUUUUAAAGGCGUCUCCAUGUUUUUAGUAUUAAGUUGAAGAGAUAAAUAUAUUCUAUUUUAUCCUGAAGUCGGCGUAAUAAUCCAGUUAAAUUGACAGGAGAGUGUCUGCCUAGCACGUGACGAGUUUCUGGUUGUAAGGGAAAGGUAUCAUAUGCUGAUUUUUUUUUAUUGUUGGGCACUAUACUGCAAUGGGCUAUUUCCACUCGUGAAUUUAUUAGAAUAAACUUCCGCCUAACUUUCAAGAAUCAUCUCCGCUCGUAGAACAGUGUAUGGCAGAUAGCAUCAGCAAUGGGUCUUAAAGUGAAGAAGUGGCUGACUAAUUCUCAGUUUGAAUUGCGAGAAGAAUCUUGAUUUUUUUAAAAAGUCUAUCGAGCGGUUUAAAAAUUAUUCAAUAAUUUGUUAAAGUAGACUGAAAUGUUUACAAAACCGCUAACAAGAGCGCCAUGAUACAAACUAAUCAAAUCCUUCUUUUUAGCAAUUGGCCGGAGCUAUCUCCAUGAUCUAUCACCCACGUUUUUGAAAAGAUUGAAACACUAUGAGGUGAAAUUGCAUGUGAAAAGUGCAUCGUUUUCUACAGAUAACGGCCAAACAUCAAGAUUUUCCUUUUUUUACCGUAUUUCCAACGAUAAAAACUUUAUCCCAAAAUAUCUCGAUAACGCUCUUACAGAUUCCGUUUUAACGUCACGAACAUCGAGGCGACUAUUGGAGGAAAAAGCUCCUGUGAUCGAUUUUAGAAGAACAGUUCCCAGAGAGAAAUAUUGCUGCAAGUAUAAUAGGUAAUGGCUUCAUUUCGUUGCUAUAACAACUCCGAUGUCAUUGCAACCCUGAUCACGACAAAUUUUCAUCUUUAUCUAAUACACCUGUGGUGGCAACUUUUGCAAAUGUUUCUUUAUGGCGACGUAGUUUAUGCUCAAACUUGGCAGGUAUUGACCCUGAAAAACUGUAUGGAGCCAUUUUCAUAUGCCAGUACGGCCUAUCUUGUUGCAUCGGCCCUCGUUUCUGUUCGACUGUUUUGUAAAAAUUUGGGCAACUUGGAAAAAUUUUUUGGGCAAAUGGUUUACCGCCCCCCCUGGCAAAAAAUAGCCCGUACGCCUAUGUAUCUAUAAAAUAUGAUUUAAAGCGCUACACGGUGAGGUACCAGGAAUCUGAUUUACAUCUUGGCCUUUAUUCUUCUUUGACCAUGUUGACUUCUGCUAACAAUCUUAAUCUUCCUACUCUUCUAACUCUUUUCUACUUUUCUACUCUUUUCUACUUACUAGUUCAACUAUAGUAGCGGUUUUUAUAGCCAAGGCUAGACAUGUUUGAGUUAGCUGGCCGGGAGACCUUCAUUGCUGAAUAUCUUAUCGCUAGCAUUGCAACAGGCUUGCUAUAUUGUUAGGGAAUAGAUUAGCCUACGCACAGUCACAACUGACAAGUACCAAAGAACAAAGGCCAUGAAGCAGCUCUAACACCACAAACACGACCACCUGUAAAAAACGAACAUCUGACAACGCCAAGCGAAUAACAUUCCUAAUAUGGCAAUAAGUAAAUUCGCGAGCUAAGCAUAAAUUCAAGUACAAGUAAAAACAAAAGAUCAAAACAGGAAAAAAGUACGUGGACAAAAGCAAGACUUAAUGAAACAAAAACUAAACUCAAAAGAUAAGAUAGAUCCGUCUUAAAAUAACUUUCAAAAUACUUCACAACAGUAUUUUCUAUUGGAUAUAGGUAUGUUGCAUUCCUAGGUUUGUAGUUUGAUCAUUUGGUCAAAGAAAAGUUGUUUUUUCCAACCUAUGAUCAAUUGACCUUUUAUAAUGGGCUACAUUUGGUAGUCAUUAUUACUACCUCAAACGGGAUGUUGGACCGUAAAUGCACUAUAUUGUGUGUCAGGAAUAUUCAGUUAUCUCCAAGUUGGACUAAAAAUAUCUACUUCCAUAUAGCGUUUUUAGCUCACUAUUGGUCAUCAAUAUUACUAACUCAAAGUAUGUUGGACCGUUUCAGUACUGAUAUAUGAUAUUGCAUGUGAGCGUUACGUAACGCCAGAUGAAUUGGCUUCUAGCCCAAAGGUCAUACCGUAUGGUUUUUAAAAAAAGGCACGUGUUGGCAGUUUUCAUUUACUCAUGCGCAAUCAAACAUUUUAGGGAAAGAAUAUAAACAGUUAGCAAAGUGUGUUGUGAUCAAUUAGUUUCCAGUCCAGUAAGAACGUGUUUUGUUGGUAGCAUAAUAAAAUCCUUGCAGUAAAACAGUUUCCGAAAGAGAUGGUGUACGUUUUCUUAAAUCUGUAUCAUACUCUGUAUUGGACUGUAGACAUAAUGUCGAAAAAGGAAAUUUUAUGUGACUGAAUAAUUUUCACUUUAACAGUAUAAAAUUUUUUUCACUUAGCCAAUAUCCUGCUUAACUAGAACUUUGAUGAACUUAAUUCCUUUUUGCUUUCUCUUGGAGACUUCUCAGUCUUUUGCCGAUCACUGCUUCUUGGUGAAGUGAUUAAGACCCAUGGUUAGGAACUCCUUAGCCUCCUCUUGUCCACCGUCAUGGUUGGUUGUUAAGUUAUUUUAAUCACCCAACCAUAACUGGACGAAAAAGAUUGUUCGCAAGAUCAAAAAAUUGAAAUAAAAUCAAUCACUGCCUGGAGGAUGGGUUGGCAACAACGGCAGUGAUUCGUUUAUUCCUCCUCUAGUAUAGUAAUGAUUUAAUUUCGUACAUAAUUAGGUACUAAUUUUCUUUUGCUGUAUUUUUACCUCUUUUAUCUGUUUGGUCUACCGCUAAUUAAACUUCAAAAAUGUUUUGCAGUUCAGAGGUUACUGAAGGAGAAAAUAUAUUGCUCUUGGUUAAACGCUUUUGAUCAAUUUUGGGAAUUACGAUUAGUUCCCGUCACGCUUUCGGUUGUAAGCUAAUUCCGUUCAAAGUGGAAAUUAGAGAACGAAAGGCAAGCGUUAGCUUUGGGAACUUCGGAACGCCUAUUAAAAAUCCCGCAGUACGUUUAAAAAAGUCGGAGAAACCCAGUGUGAUACACCCGCAAGAGUUAUUUUUUACGUAAGUGUUACAUUCCUUUCAACAGACACUUCACUACUCGUCAUGACGUAUAAAAGGACGCCUAGCUACGAAGGAAGCAUUACAGCAACAACAACAACAACAUUAACAACAAAGCAGAAUAUUAUAGAUAUUAAAAAAACUAUAUUUAUAAAUUUCACCACGUUGUGCAUCUGGUAUGCAUCAAAUUUGAACCCUUUCAAAUAAACAUUAGUUGCACAUCUUUCACUAAUUUCAAUGCUCCUAAAUCCCCCUUACAUAACAAAUGUUUGGGGAAAAUUCAAUAGAUCUGUCUUCAAUUACCUUCAGCAUAUUAUCCGAUCAGUCUGGUCAACGGUUCGGGGUUCUUUAAUCGCCUUGUCAUCUGUCAAUACAACUAACAAUAAAAUAAAGUAAUAAUAAUGAUAAUAAUAAUAAUAAUAAUAAUAAUAAUAAUAAUAAUAAUAAUAAUAAUAAUAAUAAUAAUAAUAAUAAUAAUAAUAAUAAUAAUAAUAAUGAUGAUAACAGAAACUGUGAAGAAGACAACACCUCGCCCCCCCACCCCCUUUCCCUUGCUAAGGAAGAACUGGUUGUUUUCCGUUGCUCAGGGGCGGUAGGAACUGAGAAACAAUGAAGACGAUAAUAAAAAAUAAAAAUAAGUGUAAUAAUGGCGUUAUAGUUAGCGACUAAGUCUUCAUGUUUUAAGUUUAAAUUCAUGUCCCAGCAUGUUACUUAUUCUUUGGGUGCUUUCCCUAUAAGUGGGAGUCUUUACCACAGCUGGAGUUCCGGCAGCAGAUAUAAACCGCCUGUGCCAAUAUAGUAUUGACCUUUGCAAAUAUUAGCUGUUGUUGAUGCUGACUUCCCAUGGUAUUUUAAAAAGUUAUGGAUAACUGAAUUUCCUUCCUUCUCAUACCUAGUCCAGCCAAUAAUAACAUUUUCACAACUAUAUAUUGUUCUGUGAGGUUCAGACGAAGAUAGAGAAUAUUAGUUUUCGAAUAGUGUUGCGGCCGUUUCAAAAGGAUAAAUAUAUUUCACACACAACCUGACGUACUUGUAAAUAACUAAAAAUUUUAAGGAAUGAUUUUUGAAAUUAUUGCAAAGUCAUUGGUGGUUACAUAGAUAUUGUCCAAUUCCAAUAUUUUAAAUAUUAAAUAUAAAUAGAGGCACUUAGCAACCGAUACAUAGGUCCCGAAUUCUUAUUCUUGUAUUUGCAGCUAGCAAAUUAUUUGAUAAAAACUCAUAUUUACUUUCAGAUAUAUUUUAUAGGACUGGUAAUACGACACCCUUUGGAGAGUGAGAGCUGUUACGGGCCAGUUUUGCAUUUGAUAUCUUCUAUGUUAAUAAAAUGGUCGAUCAAGUCGAGACUCGUAAACUAUCAAUAAUUUUAAUUUUAUACUUGGCUGCGCAAAUCAAGCGGAAAAAGUAGUCUACGAUACCGGCCGAUUCUGGUUUUUAAUUUUUUCAUUCCAAAAGGUACCAGUAGUAUACAUAACGAGUGGAAAACACUGAAAUGUAAUUCUAAGACUAAUUACCAACAGAAGUUUCAUUCAACUUGCCUCAAAAUAAUCAAGCUCAAAAGAACAUUUCUUCAAAACAAAAAUAAAAAAAGCACAGAAGAAAAUUUUGCGGUGUAAAAUAACGUCACGCCUUUAACCACUGCCAUAUAUCGUGGCGAUACUUGGCUGGGUAUCGUGCGGAUACAGGACGGAACCGACAUUCUUUUUAUUUAUUUAUUUUUUUAACUAAUGCGUAGGGUAGGAUUUCUGUACAGUGGAGGAUACAGGUGUAAGACUUUUAAACAGUUGUCGCCGAUACGGACGUUUACUACGAAUAUGAAUUAACAACUUAGUAUUCGAGUGAUAUCCAAUCGUCAUUGUUAAUAACGUAGUAGUAUGUUCUCAAAUGGCCCCAUCGAAACAGUGGGCAAUGUUUCAUGGAAAAAUUAAAAGUGUAUGGCUGCGAAUGCUGGAGAGAUGGGGAGCAGACCUUCACGUUCAGUGACGAUUAAACAAAGUUUCAAACUUAGGCAUAGCAUAGUAUUAUUGUAAUACUCUGGCAUAAAGCUGUGAAACCCUUUUUUUGUCGUUUUUGAUGACUUAGAGGAAGUUUACGAAUAUGAAUUAGAAAUUUAGUAUUCGAGUGAUUGGAACGGUAUCUAUCGUCGUAAUUAAUAACCUAAUGCAGUAUUUUUCUCAAAUGGCCCCAUAGAGACAGUUGGCAGUAUUUAUGGAAGCCAUGGAGCGAAUGCACUUCAGCAUUUUACCAUUUUUGGCCAUUCCAAGAAAACGUCAAAUACAAAGGCUGAAAUUUAAACAAAAGAUAGAAAACAAUAACUUUCAUCUUAAACUCCGCAACCCCUCAACACUUGGAAUAAGGUGACAAGCUUUAUGGGGAACCAUUUUGUUUAAAACUUGGCGAAAAUGUUACAAUAGGUAUCUCAACUGACAAUUACCCGAUAAUAUUAGAACGUAAUUAUUAUCCAGGAAUGUUUGUGGGGGAAGGGCCAAUAAACACACAAUUGAAUAUCAUACUUGACAAAUAACUCACAUCAGAUUUAGAAACGCGGCCUUAAACUUAAAGCCGAUAUCUUAGAAAUGCGAUUUUCAAAAGCACCGAAUUUGACGUCAAACUUUCAUACUUCCGGGUCCAUUCUGCAUAAAAUGCUGUAAGAAAGCUCGCUUAAGCAGCAGUCGCUCUUGAAACAGUUCAAUCUGUGUAGCGGCACAGAAGCAUAUUGAUUCUUUCAAGAUGAAGGGGUUAUUGGCGUUUGCUUUGCUGGGCUUUUUUCUUGCCUGUACCUUACAAGUUACCAGGUCAGACGAACCACUCCAAGAGGAGAAAGCUGACCCAGAAGAGUUUGCAGACCAACCCGAUAACGACUCUCCAGAGACAACCUCUCCUAACGAAGAUGACUUAAUUGAAGAAGACGAGAUCGAGGGACUGUUCGACGAUGAUGAUGUUGCUGCCAUUACUGCUGUUCUGGAGGCUGCGGCUGAUACAGAAGAUGAUGACGAUCAUAACAUUUACGAACAAGACUACGAAGAUGAAGACGAGUUAGACGAUACUCGGUAAGUUAGUUUCGGAAAUUACAGUUAAGGGGCUAGCAGCGAGUGCGAAACUAUUACUUCUAACUAAAAGAUAUUUCUCGGUAUU